AUGAGUCAUCCCAGUGGUCGCGAGCACUACCACGAGCCUCUUCCCCUACGUUCAGGCACCCGGCCAUACCGUGCCCUACUCUUCUCGCAGCGUCCUCGCGACAACAGGCCUGAGCCCAUUGAUCUCGGUUCAGACUCCAACUUCGACCACUUCGUAAGCCCUGUUAUUUAUGUAUCACCUCCGGGGCCUACCACUGCAGAGAUACAAGCAGCGAUUAACGCAGAGUUCGGCGCUCUGAUAGGAAACAGCGAGCAGCCUCGGGGAGAAGAGUUCCUACAACAGAGGGCUCGCCUGCGUCCUGUCCCAAAGAUUGAGCGUCCUUCGGUUAAUAUCCUUGAACCUCCUUCUCGGGGAUCUAGGGCACUUUUAUCUUCAAGCUGUGGAAUACUGCCGUCUAAGGGUAGCUCAUCACCGACUUCAAAAUAUCAUACUCCGGCUCGAGUUCGAAAAAGCUUUCCUAGAACGCUAGACAUUGGAAUGGCAAAUCAAUUUGAAGAACCUCCCUACGGAAGCAGCUCAUCAUCGUCUCAGUCCAGUUCAGUGUCUUCAUCAGACAGCGACAGUUCCGUUCUAUAUAUGCGUCCGACAGAGCGCAUUCCCCUUCUCCCACCCACUCCCAGAUCACCAAAUGUUGAUGCCGUAAGGCCAUUUGAUACGCUGCAACCUAUAGCUCGACAUCCCUACAGACGCAGUUCGUACUUGAAUGACCGGUACGGUUAUUCGACUGCAGAAGAGCACAGGCCAUUCGAGGAAGACACCAGGGAGACAUGGGGUGGUACAUGUCUCGACUGUUUGUGCUCCAGUGUCUUGUUUGUGUUAUUGAUUUUCGUUAUCUUUUCGUAUGCUUGCAUCGUGCUUUUGCUCUUCCGCAACUGGUCACGUACAUAG